AUUUGUCUCCUCCCUCGAACAGGAAGCAGGUACAUACUCCGAAAUGGCUGGGACGUUAGCGGUAGAAACGAGCCAUUUACUUCGAAAUUGUGCCAAGGGUUCACCGUUGUUGCGAAGCAUAAGAUCAAGUUUGUCAACCGGAAAGCCCCUACAAUCUGUGAGAUUCGCUUCACGGAUGCCCAUGAAUACUGGAGUAUUGUUCGUUCCGCAACAAGAGGCGUGGGUUGUGGAAAGAAUGGGCCGAUUUUAUCGCAUCCUCCAACCGGGGGUGAACGUCCUGAUUCCUAUGAUAGACAAAAUUAGGUAUGUCCAGAGCUUGAAAGAAAUCGCCAUCGAUAUACCCAAGCAAGCUGCUAUUACUUCAGAUAACGUGACGCUGAAUUUGGACGGCGUUCUCUACCUUCGCGUAACUAAUCCAUACAAGGCAAGUUACGGAGUCGAAGACCCCGAGUUCGCGAUUACUCAAAUUGCACAAACGUCGAUGCGAUCAGAAAUCGGGAAAAUUCCGCUAGAUAACGUUUUUAGAGAACGUGAAAGCUUGAAUUUGGCAAUAGUUGAAAUAAUCAACAAGGCGAGUGAUUCUUGGGGUAUUGCUUGUCUUCGUUACGAAAUCCGCGACAUAAAAUUGCCGACAAGGGUUCAAGAAGCAAUGCAAAUGCAAGUCGAAGCAGAGCGAAAAAAGCGAGCUGCUAUUCUAGAGUCGGAAGGUAUAAAAGAAGCUGAAAUCAACGUUGCCGAAGGCCGGAAGCAGUCUAGAAUCCUUGCUUCCGAAGCUGACAAACAAGAACAAAUGAACAGAGCAGAAGGUGAAGCUUCCGCAAUUAAAGCUCGAGCUUCUGCGAAAGCCGAUGCGUUGAAAGUUGUCGCUGAAAGAUUACGUGGAUCGUAUGGAAUGGAUGCGGCAUCAUUAUCGAUUGCUGAACAAUAUGUAGCAGCGUUUGGAAAACUAGCCAAGGCAUCGAAUACUCUCAUUUUACCCUCCAACUCAUCUGACGUGCCUGCAAUGGUAACUCAGGCAAUGAUGGCUUACAAGACGAUCAGUGGUGCAUCUCUUGCUGAAAAAUUGAUCGACGAAGAGGAGAAACAACUGGGUGGUUGGGAGAACCGACAAGAAGCUGGAAAAUCUUGAUUUGUUGAAUUUAAAAACUGGAACUGUUUGUGUUGGAACUUGAAAGUAAAUUCGAUUGUGCUGAUAGGCCCUACA